UCCAUCACUCUCCAUUUCCUUUCUAUAAAUUUCAGCCUCUCUCCUCUCUUUAAUUAAACCCUAAACUCCCAAACUUGCUUCCACCGGCUGGACUCUUACCCACAACUAGCUGGAAUACUCAUCACCAAGACACCUUCUUCUCCCUCCAAAUCCUUUCGACUCAUCUUCAUAUGUUCCGCCAUUCGUUAUGAGGCCGGCCGGAUCUCCGGCACCUUCCCCGGCCGGCCGUCCUCGCCGCCGGCCGGACCUCACCCUUCCUCUCCCCCAACGCGAUCCUUCCCUCGCCGUCCCCCUCCCUCUCCCCCCACCCUCAACUAACCCUACGGCGACCCCUCCAACCUCCGCUGGUCAACUCCUCCUAACCCCAAACCUCUCCGACAUCGAACGCGUCCGCCAAGCCCGCGCCCCCGCCGCCGCCAUGGCCGGCGGCGGCACCGUCUACAUGGUCCGCCACCGGCCCACCGGCAAGAUCUACGCCAUGAAAGUCAUCUACGGCAACCACGAGGAAUCCGUUCGCCGCCAGAUCUAUCGCGAAAUCGAGAUCCUCCGAACCGCCGAUAACCCCUUUGUUGUUCGAUGCCACGGCAUGUACGAUCACGCCGGCGAGAUCCAGAUUCUCCUCGAAUACAUGGACGGGGGAUCCCUAGAUGGCCAUCGGAUAUCGUCGGAGCGAUCUCUGGCUGACGUUGCCCGCCAGAUUCUAUCAGGUCUCGCCUAUCUCCACCGCCAAAAAAUCGUUCAUCGCGACAUCAAACCAUCAAAUCUUCUCAUAAACUCCGCGCAUCAGGUCAAGAUUGCGGAUUUUGGGGUCGGAAGAAUCCUCGCGCGGACAAUGGAUCCCUGCAACUCGUCGGUGGGGACGAUAGCAUAUAUGAGUCCGGAGAGGAUCAACACCGAUCUGAAUCAUGGUGUCUAUGAUGGAUACGCCGGCGAUAUCUGGAGUUUCGGGAUCAGCAUACUGGAGUUCUACCUGGGAAAAUUUCCAUUCGGCGAGAAUAUUGGGAGGCAGGGGGAUUGGGCGAGUCUGAUGUGCGCAAUCUGCUACUCGAAUCCGCCGGAAGCGCCGGCAAAUGCCUCGAGGGAGUUGAGGAAUUUUAUCGCUUGUUGUCUUCAGAAGGAGCCGGCUCGCCGCCUCACGGCUGUUCAGCUACUUCAGCAUCCGUUCAUCACUCAGCAAUCGCCAUUGUCGUCCUCUUCGUUCUCCUCUUCCAAUACAAAUCCUCGUGCUUAAUCGUCGCCGUGAAUUCAAUUUCAAUUAGGGGCGAUGGGGAGGCUUGUUGGGGUCUUUUUUGGGAUUUGAUUCUACUUCUCUGCCACUUUCCUUGAUCAAUAAAAUUAGGGUUUUUGAUAGCUAGGUCGGGUUCAUAAAAGCAGGAUUCUUUCACUGUAUUUUUCUUUCCAUCUUGAUUUUUGCCCUUCGAUCAUAUUGAAUUAAGAUUACUGUACUUUGAUGGUUUAUAAUUAAGAGAAUUUUAUGGAUACA